CGGCGACAAUACAAUGGCCCUCCACAUCUUUUGGCCGGCUAGUGCUUGUCUCACCCUUUUCGUCGUGGGUGUAAUAAUGAUUAUCUUGAAGUACGGACCACGCUUAUUUCAAAGUAGACACACUCCGCUACCCACGCAGCAGGAAUGGGAGGAAAAAUCAUAUUCGCGAGAAAUAUCCAUUUCCAUGGGAUAGACGUAUCGUUGUUCUCUUCGUUCUUUGCUUUUUAUUUUCUUUCUUUUAAAUUUGUUUGCUCACCCUUUGCACCCUUUUCAUCGAUCAUUUUGUUUUAUUCAAUAUUCUAAUUUUCGGUUAGAACUUUGAAUCAUAAACCUAUAUGCAGUAAAUAUUUCUCCGAUUUUCACGCGAAACUAAUAAGCAAUAUGUGUAUAUUUAAAAUACGGUUACCACUCCGAUUUUAUAUUGCAAGAUUAUUAGCUUUUUUUGGCUGACAAUCGAACGCAGAAUCAAAUGAACGAUUUUGUUCGAUUCUAAUACUAGGAUAUGACGAUAAUAAACAAUGGUAUUACUAUUAUUUUUAUUAUUAUAAACUGUUACUGUAAGUAAAAUUCCGUCCAGAUAUAAUCCGUACAUACGAAGAAUUUCACCUUAAUCCAGCUAUUGGCUACACGUAAGAUCCAUCGCAACCUUUCCCCCUAAUCUUGAAGGGGAACCUUUUGCCUGGAUUUUCGGGAAAGUAAAAGGGAUGAAAGGACUGAAAGGUUUAAAGGAGCUGACGUCUAGUUCACGUAGAAACCUGUAGUCUUAUUCUUGAAAACCAGUCGAAUUCCCAAAGGGAAAAAAUUCUGUGGGGAUAGAGGAUCCCUUAUAUUGUGUUCGCUAUUGCGAUGUCCAAAAGUAUCGACGAAUCACGAAUCGGUUCUAUUCAACCUAUUGUGAACAGAUUCGAAGAUUUUUUUCUAAGAUAGAUUGUACCCUUAUAUUAUUAUAUUUUUUUUUUCUGUGGGUACGAAUUUCCCUUAGUUCUGAACAUCUAUACAAAAGCAAGCUUUUUCAAUGAUGGUAGUUAAUAUUCUUCCCUUUCAGCUUGCUCUGAGUAACAUAUUUUUUUUUGUUUUCCAAGUUUAAAUGUUCCAUGUAUAGAUCACCCUAAGAACUUAUAUGACAGAGUAUUGUAUGUCUGGUAUAUUGAAUUUAUAUAUUUUAAAAUAGAAUCUCAUUUCUGGUGAAAUAUCGUAGUGAAUAAAUUUAUCGAUAUUGUUAUGAUUAUAAAUACCGUCCUUAAAUUUAUCAGAGUGUUAUUCAACUAUUCAUCAACCGAUGUGUAUUACAUCCGUCCAAUAAUUUUUAUACGUUUACAUAAUAGUUAGAUUUUAAUAUACCGUAUGUAAAUUUAUACAAUAAUAUACUAUACGUUUAUUUGUGAACGAACUAUUUUGAACGUUUUGAAAUAAAAUGAUAUAAAAUA